AUGCUCCCAGCACUGGUUAGAAAAUGCAGCACAGCAAGCAGAGAAAAAUCUUACCGAAGGACAAAAGAAAAAAAGAACAAGCACAAAUUAAAAUCAAAGUCGCACAAAAAACCUGCUCUAAUUACUUCAAAUAAACAUUUAGUUCAAUAUUCAGAUGUUAGUUCUGAAGAACUUAGUAGUCCAGAGGCAGGUGAAAUACAUAGUGAUUUUGAUGAAAAGCAUGGGGCCAUACGUUUAAAACCUCCUACCAGAAUAAUAACUAAUAAUUUUCGAAUUACUACAGUCACUUCACCUAGAAAUCUAGUAGCAGCCUGUUCUCCUAUAAGUAAUCAUUGGGAACUAGAUCCAGUACUAGAGAAAUCUUCAAUGUCUACCACUAUCAAUAUAAAUAAUUGCGUGGACAUGACAUCAGAAAUAUCACGUUUAAAAUUAAAAAAAGUUAAAAAAUCUAAUAAAAAACCUAAAAGCCCUAGCACAAAAAAGAAAAAAAAGAAGAAGGAGUUGAAACAUACAUCUGAUGUAUUACCAGCCUGUGAUAAUAGUUUUGUGAAGUUUUCCAAAUGUUCUAAUUCGGAACCUUCCAAACGAAAUGGUGAUUUUAUUGAACCUGUUAAAAAGCAUAAACCUAUUGAGGUGUCACAUACUCCACCAUUAACAAAAUCAACUCAUAUCAAAGUUUCUAAAGUUGAGGUAACACAUAAGGAAGAAGAAAAACACACCAAACAUCAUAGAAAAGAAAAUAAAAGUUGGAUGAAGAGCCCGCCAUUAUUAAAUAUAGCAAUAAGGAAAGAAUAUAGCCGUACUCCUGAACCUGUAGAUGGUAAAUAUAAUUAUCGAUCACGAAGUGUUUCAAAACAAAAUAAUCGGGAUCACAAAAGACGUAUGGAUGAGUUUGAAAGAUACGACACUGACGAACUCAAGUCUAGUAGGACUCGUGAUAAACACGAGAGCAAAUACGAAAGUAAGCACGAAAGCAAACAUGAAAGCAAACACGAGAGCAAAUAUGAGAGUAAACAUGAGAGCAAACACGAUAGCAAAUAUGAUAGCAAAUAUGAAAGGAGUAGAGUACGAAAAACUAAAUCUGAUAAAGAUAGAUCACCAGUACAUAGUCACAGAUUAUCACGAAGUCCAAUUCGAGAUCGUCGACACCAUGAACACUUGAAAAGUUCUAAAGCGGGAUAUUCACAAUCCCAUUCUCGUUCCCGUUCCCAUUCUCGUUCUCGUUCACAUUCCUCUCAUCAAACAAGGCAUGAUCAUCAUCAUGCACACCACUCACCGAAACGUAGUCAGAAAUCUCCUCCACGUACUACUGCUUCCAAAUCAUCAAAGCAUACUUCCCAUGUACCACGAGCUGUUUCACCUCACAAUUCUCGUUCUUUGAAAAAAUCAAGUCAUAUUCGACCAAAAUAUUCACGUUCUCCAUCUAAAAACAUUCGUACUCAAAGUAAAUCAUCUUCUCCGGUAAAGGAUUCAAAAAAUUCUAAAAAACAUUCUGAUAGUGAUUCACCUGGAUGCUAUUCUUCAGUUUCUAAGAAAAAAAAAUCUACUAAGAGUCCAGCAAAACAAUAUAAUUCCAAAGUAAAACUUAGUGAAACAAGUCUGUUUGCUGAGUUGGUAAAAGAUCGGCAGAUGCGGGAAUUAGCCAUGAAGUGUUUAACACAAAUAAGUUCAAAGACUAUUGAUGAAAAUGAAGUAGUUGAAAUUCAUGAUGAUUCAGAUAAUGAACAAAAUAGUUCUAAAUCAAAUGAUUUAAAUACAAAACUACACACAUUGAAUGUGGGCGAUGAUGUUGAUUCUUGUCUAAUAGUAGAGACGUCAGAAAAUAUGAGUCAAACUUCUAAACUUGAUGAUGAAACAUCUAAUGUAAAAUCAGUUACUUCACCAAUUACAGAAAUAGCUCCAAAAAUUCCAGUGAUUCCUCUAAAAAGUCAAAGUCCAUCUAAUAUGAAUGUAGAGAUCAUAGAAAAUGGAAUUGAACAUUCUGUAGAACUUAAAGAGCAUAAGAUAUCAUCGACACCCAAAAUAACCCCACCAGAGAAAAAAGCAGAAGUUGUAGAAAAUAAAGAUAUGUCAAAAAUGCCAUUGCCACCUGUUUUUUCAGUACUUGAUGAAACAUCACCAGAUUCAGAACUUAAGAGUUCAAAAAAAAGCAUUAAAGAUUUGCCUCUACCACCAGGACUCAUUCAAAAUGCGGAUAAGAUUGAUGAUGAUAAAAAUCUUUCCUUGUCAGAAAUUGUAUCGAAUCCUUUACCUGAUCAUCAACAAAGUGCAAUUAAAAGAUCAAUUAUGUUGGGCUUAGGAUCAGGGUUUCCACAAAGUUUUUCAUUCACUUCAAAUGUGGAUCGGCCCUCUCGUCCAUUAGACCCAAAUGUUAAGAUUAAACGACCUAAAGUACUUUAUCGAAGGCGGAGUACAAAAUCUACUGCAACCAAUAACCCUAUUGAUUGGGGAGAGCAGUGUGUUGAUAUGUUUGAAGUAAUAAAUCAAAUAGGCGAAGGAACCUAUGGUCAAGUUUACAAAGCAAAAGAUAAAACUUCAGGUACAUUUGUAGCAUUGAAAAAAGUUCGUCUUGAAAAUGAAAAAGAAGGGUUCCCCAUAACCGCGGUUCGGGAAAUAAAAAUUUUACGGCAAUUAAACCAUAAAAAUAUUGUUAACCUCAGAGAAAUUGUAACUGAUAAACAAGAUGCCCUUGAUUUUAAAAAAGAUAGAGGAUCAUUCUAUUUAGUAUUUGAAUAUAUGGAUCAUGAUCUUAUGGGAUUAUUAGAAUCUGGAAUGGUUGACUUUAAUGAGACACAUAAUGCAAGUAUUAUGCGGCAACUAUUGGAAGGUUUAAAUUAUUGUCAUCGUCGAAAUUUUCUUCAUAGAGAUAUCAAAUGCAGCAAUAUCUUAAUGAAUAACAAAGGUGAAGUGAAGUUGGCUGAUUUUGGCCUAGCUAGGUUAUAUAACGCUCAAGAUAGACAAAGGCCAUAUACUAAUAAAGUAAUAACACUUUGGUAUAGGCCACCUGAAUUAUUACUUGGUGAAGAGAGGUAUGGAACUUCAAUAGAUGUUUGGUCUUGUGGAUGUAUUUUGGGAGAACUGUUCUUGAAAAAGCCUUUAUUUCAGGCCAAUGAAGAAAUGAUGCAAUUAGAAACAAUAUCUCGUUUAUGCGGUAGUCCAACACCUGCUGUAUGGCCUACUGUGAUAAACUUGCCUUUCUGGCACUCCUUAAAAGCUAAGAAAGUACAUAGACGUCGGUUGCGUGAAGAAUUUACAUUUAUGAAUGAUAGUGCCUUAGAUCUUUUAGAUCACAUGUUAGAAUUAGACCCUAGCAAACGAAUUACUGCUGAUAAAGCUCUAAAAUGCAAUUGGUUAAAAAAUGUUCAACCCGAUAAAAUGGAUGUGACAGCAUUACCAACAUGGCAAGAUUGUCAUGAGCUUUGGAGCAAAAAAAGAAAAAGAGAUCAAAGAGUACGAGAAAACCAGCCUAGGACUAACGAAUCUGGUGAACCAAUACCGGCUGGAGGAAUCCCCGCUGAUGUACAAAAUAAUGAAAAUAAUGUAGCUGAUGGUUUAAAAUCAACCAUUGAAAAUAAUACCAAUGAAGCAGAAAGUGAUAUUUUAGCAUCAAAACUUGCCAAUAAUAGUUCAACAAAAUCUGAUAUUGAAUCUGAAAAACCUAAUAACAAUGUGGAAACAGAUGAGGUAUCAAGUACAACUGUUGAUGUAAUUGAUGAUUUAAAUCUGACUCCACCUAUCAACAAUUUUAAUCCAUGCUUAAACACUUUCCUUCCAAAAACUGGUCGAUUUUAAGUCUAGUAAUUUUUUUUUAAAUUCUAUUAAUUUCUACACUCAUAAUGGUUUUAAUUAUUAUUAUUACUAUCAUCAUUAUAUAUAUUUAUGUAUACAUAUAUGUAGGGUAUUUUCCCAUUUUCCUGUAUUAGUAUUAUGGGGGAAAAAAACUGGUCUACCGUACAUACAUCUAUAUUUAUAUAUAUAUAUAAAUUGAUAUAUAAUAAAUAAUAUAUGUGUAUGUAUAUUUUAGAUUUAUAAUAUGUUUAAUCAUUUUUUACUUCGUUAUUACUUAAUAUUAUAUAAAGAUAACUAUAUGUUUAUUAUAUUUUUUUCUUAGAGAUGAUAGUUAUAUAUUUUUACAUUCAAUUUGGACACGCGUACAAUUAAGUUUAGUUUAAUGUUUUGUGUUGUAUAUUUAAUAUUUAUCCAUGUAAAAUUAUAAAUAUAUGUAAUUAAAUUAUUAUAAUUUAAUUGUUAUCCUGAAAAAAAAAAUUAUUUAAUGAUGAAGCAAAUAACAACUGAGCAUUUUCUUAAAUGUUUGAAUUUUUUUUUGUAUAUAAAAAAUACAAAAUCGCUCACUGAAAAAACUGCAUGCACUUUCAUCACCAUAUUUGUCGAGCAUAAUUAUACAAUUUAACUCAUUUGAAUGAAUUAUAGUACCAGUAUAUAAAUAUCUUUUACUAUAAAAACUGUUUGCCUUAAUUUAUGAAUAGUCAUAUGUUCUUUACAAUCAACCAGAUUAUACCAAAGUAGAUUUUUAAUCAAAAAAUUGUCCUAAUUAUUAAGUUAAUUACUGUUAUUUGUGGUAGUAUAUUUUUAUCAUUAAUAAAAUAAUAAUUGUUAAAUAGCUAAGCUUAAAUUUAGAUUUUCAUCUAUUAAUACAUUUGAUAUGAACUGUUAUCAAAUAGA